AUGGAGGCCGGUGAGACAUGGAAUGUCUCCCUUGAAUGGCCUCCACCCAACCUCACGACCACCUCCGAACCUCCUGAAUCGACAUCUGGAAGUGGGAUUCCGCUGAACUAUGCUGGACUCUUUCUUAUUGUUAUUCCACUCAUCACUCUGCUCGGAAACCUUCUGGUAAUCAUUUCCGUCCUCCGCUACCGUGCCCUCCAAUCAGCCAUUAACUUCCUGAUCCUCGGGCUGGCAGUGGCAGAUCUUUUGGUUGCCAUCAUCGUUAUGCCAUAUGCUGUGUAUGUAUAUGUCACCAAUGGAGACUGGUAUUUGGGAAACUUGAUGUGUGACGUCUACAUGGCUUCGGAUGUGUGUUGCAGUACAGCUUCAAUUCUACUCCUCGCGGUUAUUUCAUUCGAUCGAUACCGAGCUGUAUCCCUUCCGAUUCAAUAUUCUAGACAAUCUCAAAACGUGAAGCGCGUAUGGUACGUGAUUGCUGCUAUCUGGCUAGUUAGUCUUACUUUGGCCAGUCCGAUGGUAUUUGGUGUAAAUGUCCGGCCUCCAGACGCAAAUCCGUUUGAAUGUCGCUUCUAUAACGCCGAAUUCUCAAUUCUGAGUUCUUUCAUUUCGUUUGUGGUUCCUUGUUUUUUAGUACUUUUUGUCUAUAUUCGAAUCAUAAUUGCGUUGAAAAAGCGAGAGAAGGCAGCAAAAAUGCGACGGGAGAAGAACACAAUUGCUCAUGGAUUAACAAUGAGACCAGAUACCGGAGAUGAGCAAGUGGAAGAAGAAGCUGCUGGAAGAAUUGUUGCAGGACCAGUUGUGAACGUCAUGAUGGCUGCACUUCCAUCGAUGACUCGUCGGAUGAGACAAUUCGAAAGACACCGUCGUGCCAUUGAACUCGCAGGUGAAGAAGAGUGGGAGGAGGAGGACGAGCUGGACGUGAUGGACGAGUGUUGUGGGGGUGACGAUGCUGCCGACGACGACGACGACUAUCAUGCCGACGAUGGUCAAGGCGUCGUCGAAGCGUCGGCACCUCGAACGACCUCAAUGCUCCGUCGGAUCAUCAAUGCGGCGUCCGUCGGAACGACAAGCUCCGCGGCUCCGAGUGUUGUUUCCGCGUCUGGCAUGCCCGCCUUCUUCGCGAAAAACGUGUCAACCACCUCUCCUUCUUCUUCUUCGUGUGCUCGUGCAACUACUACCACUACUUCUGCAACUUCGAAGGCAUCCAAUGCUCAGCCACCUCUUCCUUUGCUCCUCAAUGAACGGGAAUUCGGAAACAGUUCUACGCCGAGAUCAAGUAUUGAAUCACUUUCGGAAAAUGUUCAUGUGAUAACGAAUGAUUUCGUAUCAGAAAACUGUACAACAAUGUCCAGAAGAUCUUCAUACGGAGAUGAUUCCCAGCCAACGUCUUCACAAACGUCAUCUGGAGACGGCCGAAACUUCCAUAUCAAAGGACAAAAAAGGUUCAGAAAUCUGUCUAGAAACUAUUCCACAAAGCACCAUAGAAAAGUUGUGAAAGUGGAUAGAAGUAAUUCUAGAAGCAACUCUAGAUCAGCGUCGAUAACCAACCAGCCUGAUGAGGCAUUGAUUCCUUCAAUCAUCAGAACAAUCUCAAGAAGGAGUCCGAGAUUAUUCAGGAGGGAUAAAUCAGACAUGAAGAAGCAUUCCAUGAUUCUGGCAAAUCCAAUCACAGAGUCUCCAAAAGAAUAUCGAAGAGUCUCAAUGCCAAUCCGACCAACCAACUCUCAAACAGAAACCGAAACUAUUUCUGCUUCUCGAGAUAUGGACUACCUUCCAACGACGACGUUGAGCAGAAGUACGACGGCAAAUAGUGCAGAACUCCUUGGAUCUCCAGAUGAGAUUGCCAACUUUCCCGCGUUGAUCACUGAAACUGUUCUAGAAGACGUUCUUGCUGAAACAAAAGAAGGGAGCAUGAUGCAACCAACUGUCAGCUUUGCCUUGACUGUUCGAGAAAUGGAGGGAAACGAAUUGAACAAUCUGAAAGGAUGCGGUGUAGAGCCGAAUCGCCGGGUGUCUCAAGUUGAUCCUCCACUUGCAAUUCAGAUUUUGACACGACCUAGUUUGCCAAAUCUUGACCUCCAACGAAUGGAUUCAAUUGGCACUACAUGCUCAUCAAAAACACGUGCAGAUAGCUUGAGGUCCGUCGACUCGAAAGGCUCAAAGAAGAGCAGUCGAAAUGGAAUUGCAGUGAAGUUGGUGAAGAGGGCAAUUAAACAUGAGCAUAGUUUGAAGAGAAAGUUUCAGGUUUCCAAAGCUCAACGAAAAGAAAAGCGAGCCACGAAGACAUUGGGAGUGGUUGUAGGAGUCUUUCUUGUAUGCUGGGUACCAUUCUUUGUUAUCAAUAUUCUGAACGCCGUUUGCAUCCUUCUCGAAAGAGAGUCUUGUCAGGUUGGAUAUGAUCUAUUCUUCUACUGCACCUGGAUCGGUUACAUGAACUCUUUCAUGAAUCCUAUCAUCUACACAAUCUUCAACACGGAAUUCCGUCGUGCUUUCAAAUCCAUCCUAUUUGGUCGCGACUCCACACGCCAUCAUUUCAGCAACAAGCAGGCGCAUGUAUAA